ACUCGUGGACCAAUGAGCGCAGUCCACGAAAAAUCACGGAGAACCGCGGAGGCGGCAUGCGAUCUGUCGUUGAUACGGGUUCCCGAUACUCUCUGAAAUAGACGAACUGUGAAUUCGACGAAGGUUCUUCUGACAUACGCAUUGUGAUUAUUUAAUCAAAUACUCUAGCUGUCAGUACAUCCGACGAAAGAGACAAUGGAGGUCUUGAUAGCAGGUCUAGUUCUGCUCAUCGUUGGGGCAAAUGCUCUGUACCCGACCAGUUCGGAUGUCGUCGACCUUACACCCAGCAACUUUGAUCGUCUUGUACUGCAGAGCGACAAUGUCUGGAUCGUCGAGUUUUACGCUCCUUGGUGUGGCCACUGUCAACAACUGGUACCCGAAUAUGGGAAAGCGGCAACAGCGCUUAAGGGUGUCGUGAAAGUCGGCGGCGUUAAUGCAGACGAGCACAAAUCCCUUGCAGGAAAGUACGGAGUGAGAGGAUUUCCCACAAUAAAGAUUUUUGGUGCGGAUAAAAACAAACCUGACGAUUACGACGGUGCGAGAUCUGCCCAGGCAAUCGUUGACGCUGGAUUAAAUGCUGCUAAACAAAAGUCGUACGCUGCUCUCGGAGGGAAGAAGAGCAGCUCAGGCUCUAAGUCUGGGGACGUGAAGGAUGUGAUUGAGCUGACUGACUCGAACUUCAACAAACUGGUACUAGAUUCAGAUGAUAUGUGGCUCGUUGAAUUCUACGCCCCGUGGUGUGGUCACUGUAAGAAUCUGGCGCCACACUGGGCGUCUGCAGCGACAGAACUGAAGGGUAAAGUAAAGCUUGGGGCACUUGAUGCUACCGUGCAUACGCUUAAGGCGAGCGAGUACGGAGUCCAAGGUUAUCCGACAAUCAAGUUCUUCGCUCCAGGUAAGAAGGAUUCAGACUCAGUCGCGGACUACGACGGCGGACGCACCAGUAGCGACAUCGUUAACUGGGCGCUUGACAAACUCGCUGAGAAUAUUCCGGCCCCUGAGGUUGUCCAGAUACUCGGUGAGAGAAGCCUCAAGGAUGCCUGUGAGAGCAAACCGCUCUGCGUCGUUUCAGUGUUGCCGCACAUUCUCGACUGCCAGGCAGACUGCAGAAACGGAUACUUGAAGAUCCUCAAGGCGCUCGCCGAGAAGUACAAGAAAAAGAUGUGGGGAUGGGUUUGGGCGGAAGCCGGUGCUCAGCCAAACAUCGAAGAGGCCCUGGAGAUUGGAGGUUUCGGCUACCCAGCUAUGGCAGUGGUCAACGUUAAGAAGAUGAAGUAUUCUUUGCUGAGGGGCAGCUUCUCCCAGGACGGUAUCAGCGAGUUCCUGCGGGACUUGAGCUAUGGGCGAGGGGGAACGGCGCCCCUAAAGGGAGCCCAGCUCCCUCCGAUCUACGAGACCGAGCCCUGGGACGGAAAAGAUGGCGAGCCACCCCAGGAAGAAGACAUUGACCUGAGCGACGUCGACCUGGACGACAAAGACGAGCUUUAAUCCCGCCUGGUCAUUUUUAUCUUAUUAUUAAAAUAGGAAGAAAGAGACAACGCUCUAAUUCACGGAGUUUCGCCUUGGCUGUUGUUAUGUAAGCAACAGUGAGACUUUGACAAAUUAAAUUCGCGUCGAAACUCAAGUGGCGACGAUACUGUCGUUUCACAUCGGAUUUCUAAAAAAAAAUUUCACUGCGAUGAAUCCCACGAUCCGCUGUCAGUUGAUUGAUAUAUCGUGUCCUUG